CAUUCUUUAGCCAGCACACGCAACUAAAUCCCGUUUUUAGCCUCCACUCCAGCCCCCCACUCUCUCUCUCUGUUCGACGCCAUUGCCAACUCCUUAUUAUCUGGAUGUUUUAGCUCCUUUCAUAACUCGGUAUAUGGAGAAAUUAAUGCUCCUCUCACAAACUUCCUAUCCCUUGUUUCUUCUGAAUUCGAAAUCAAAUGGAUUUUUCCUUUUGAAAUUGUUAGAUAUAGCGAGCAAACCAGAUGAUUGUAUCUUCACUCAACAACCACCAACAGUCUAUUGGUUCUUGGGAGAUUAGCAUCUCAAAUUUCUACUGUUCUCCAAGGGAAGGAUAAACCAACAUAUGCUCCUAAUUGUGAUGAUGGAGAUAUGUGCAUUGUUCUAAAUGCAAAGGACAUCUGCGUUACAGGGAGGAAACUUGCAGAUAAAUAUUAUAGGUGGCACAGUGGGUUUGUGGUUCACCUUAAGGAAAGAACAUUGAAGGAUCAAAUGUUGAAGGAUCCUACGGAAGUUAUUCGUAAAGCUGUCCUCCGCAUGCUUCCCAGAAAUAAAUUACGUGACGAUAGAGAUCGGAAACUUGGAUAUUUACCGGUGAUGAACAUCCUUUCGCUGAUAGAGCCCUUGAGCCAUACAUGGUACUUCCUAGACAAGUGCGAGAAAUGCGGCCCCGAACCAGAAGAGCCUUGGUUCGUGCACAAAAGAAGGCAGAGCAACAAUGUGUUACAGCUACUUCCAAAAAUGUGUAGACGGCAGAAGAAAAAGCUGAAGUUAAUGCAUGAAGAACUCCAAGAUGAUUUGAUGUGUAAAAAUAUUUGAAUGUCACAAUAUCAAGAGUCUCAGUCAUGUAGAGGGAUAAUCACUGCUACUGUGGCUUGUAUGGCUGCCAUUGGAAAAUUUUGACUUGGUUUAUGUUAAAAUAUCUGUAUUAGUCUUUAUUACUAUCUACUAGGAGUAGUUCCAUAAAUAUUGACUAAAUGGUCCCUUCAUUAAGUUCAUUUCUGUGCACAAGUUUUAAUUUCUACCAAAAGUUUAGUCUUGCAGAGUACAGAAGUUCUAGAAACAGCUUGCGCUUCUGGACUGUAAUUGUAUAAUAUGCUCAAAACAAUGUUCAAAUAAAAUAAUUUUCCAUUAAAGUCAUUUCCUUUAUUAAUCCGUCCUCUGAUUUGAUAGGACCAAAGAUAUAAAGUUCUUUGUUUUGAUUUAUGAUAGACAAUAAAGUGACUUAUUGAAUUAUUUGCAUUUAUUUAUAUAAAGCUACACAC